GAGGCCUAUGUGGCUAGGCGAGACCGCCGAGGAAGAGAGCUAGCUCUUAAUGCUGGUUUGGGGGCCUGCGUUUUCCUAGCUCGUCGAUGGGUGCAAUCCUGGCAUUUUUCUUUCAGCCCCAAAGAAAAGCCGCACCUAUUUAUUUCUAGGACUUCGAGAUUUAAGACGGGGGGAAGAGAGGAGGAAGACUUCGUCUGUCUUUAGGGCUGCAAGAUUUUUUGUGACACCUUAAAUAUGAGCCCUACACAGUGGGACUUCCCUGUGGAAUUAUGUUGUCGGCCUAUGGCUUUUGUUACUCUUACGGGCCUGGAUGUAGUUUAUAAUGCUGUCCAUCGAGCUGUCUGGGAUGCUUUUUGUGCCAAUCGGAGAGCUGACCGGGUACCAAUUUCUUUCAAAGUGCUCCCAGGCGACCAUGAGUAUCCCAAAUGUAGGCCCAAGAGAACUUCGUACGAAUGGUACAUUCCUAAAGGGAUUUUAAAGACUGGUUGGAUGAAUAAGCAUCUGAAUCUGGUGCCAGCCCUAGUGGUUGUGUUCUAUGAACUGGACUGGGAUGAACCUCAGUGGAAAGAAAAGCAGUCCGAGUGCGCCACCAGAGUGGAAAUAGUCAGGCAAAGUUUACAAGGAAGAAACACAAAAGUUGCAGUGGUUCUAAUUCAGAAGAAAACCCCUUUGCCCCCAGGAGAAGAUGUCAUUGCUUCAGAAAGGGCUGCAGCUUUAUGCAAUGCAUGUGAGCUCUCAGGAAAGUCUUUGUUUGUACUGCCACACACCGACCACCUGGUGGGCUAUAUUAUAAGAUUAGAAAAUGCCUUUUAUGAACAUGCACAGACUUAUUACUACACUGAGAUCAGAAGAGUGAAAUCUCAUAAAGAAUUUUUGAAUAAAACAACACACCAGCUUUUAUUUGUUAGACAUCAGUUCAAGAUAGCUUUCUUCAGUGAGUUGAAACAAGAUACACAAAAUGCUCUAAAGAAUUACAGGACCGCCUAUAAUCUUGUACAUGAAUUGAGAGCCCAUGAAACUAAUAUUCUGGAAAUUAAGACUAUGGCAGGAUUUAUAAACUACAAGAUCUGUAGGUUAUGUUUUCAACACAACACCCCAUUGGAUGCGAUUGCUCAGUUCCGAAAACACAUUGACUUGUGUAAGAAAAAAAUUGGAAGUGCGGAGUUGUCUUUUGAGCAUGCUGCAUGGAUGUCUAAACAAUUCCAGGCCUUUGGAGAUUUAUUUGAUGAAGCUAUUAAGUUAGGGUUAACAGCUAUUCAGACUCAGAAUCCUGGUUUCUAUUACCAGCAGGCUGCGUACUAUGCCCAGGAGCGGAAGCAGCUUGCAAAAACCCUCUGUAACCAUGAAGCUUCUGUAAUGUAUCCCAAUCCUGAUCCCUUAGAAACACAAACAGGCGUUCUUGACUUUUAUGGACAAAGAUCAUGGCGACAAGGAAUACUAAGUUUUGAUCUUUCUGAUCCUGAAAAAGAGAAGGUAGGAAUUCUUGCCAUUCAGCUGAAGGAGAGAAAUGUUGUUCACUCUGAAAUAAUAAUAACUCUUCUGAGCAAUGCUGUUGCACAAUUCAAGAAGUAUAAGUGUCCAAGAAUGAAAAGCCAUCUAAUGGUUCAAAUGGGAGAGGAAUAUUAUUAUGCAAAGGAUUAUACCAAAGCUUUGAAGUUGCUGGAUUAUGUGAUGUGUGAUUAUCGGAGUGAAGGAUGGUGGACUUUACUAACGUCUAUAUUGACUACAGCUCUGAAGUGUUCUUACCUCAUGGCCCAGUUGAAAGAUUACAUUACUUAUUCCCUAGAACUCCUUGGAAGAGCUUCAACUUUGAAAGAUGACCAGAAAUCUCGGAUAGAAAAGAACCUCAUAAAUGUUUUAAUGAAUGAAAGUCCUGAUCCAGAACCUGACUGUGAUAUCUUAGCUGUGAAAACUGCUCAGAAGCUGUGGGCGGACCGAGUUUCUCUGGCUGGCAGCAAUAUCUUCACAAUAGGAGUACAGGACUUUGUGCCGUUUGUACAAUGCAAAGCCAAGUUUCAUGCCCCAAGCUUUCAUGUUGAUGUUCCUGUUCAGUUUGAUGUUUAUCUGAAGGCUGAUUGUCCACAUCCCAUUAGGUUUUCCAAGCUCUGUGUGAGCUUUAAUAAUCAGGAAUACAACCAGUUUUGUGUAAUAGAAGAAGCAUCCAAAGCAAGUGAAGUUUUAGAAAAUUUGACUCAAGGAAAGAUGUGCUUAGUUCCUGGUAAAACAAGAAAAUUGUCAUUUAAAUUUGUUGCAAAAACUGAAGAUGUGGGAAAGAAAAUUGAGAUUACUUCAGUGGAUCUUGCUCUGGGCAAUGAGACGGGAAGAUGUGUGGUUUUAAAUUGGCAGGGAGGAGGAGGAGAUGCUGCUUCCUCCCAAGAAGCUUUACAGGCAGCUCGAUCCUUCAAAAGACGACCUAAGCUCCCCGACAAUGAGGUUCACUGGGACAGCAUCAUCAUUCAGGCAAGCACAAUGAUCAUUUCCAGAGUUCCAAACAUUUCUGUACAUCUGCGACAUGAGCCUCCUGCCCUGACUAAUGAAAUGUAUUGUUUGGUUGUGACUGUUCAAUCCCAUGAAAAGACCCAAAUCAGAGAUGUGAAGCUCACUGCUGGCUUAAAACCAGGACAGGAUGCCAAUUUAACUCAGAAAACUCAUGUGACUCUUCAUGGAACAGAACUGUGUGAUGAGUCCUACCCGGCUUUACUCACUGACAUUCCCAUCGGAGACUUACGACCAGGGGAACAGCUGGAAAAAAUGUUAUAUGUUCGCUGUGGAACAGUGGGUUCAAGAAUGUUUCUCGUGUAUGUUUCUUACCUGAUCAAUACAACCGUUGAAGGAAAAGAAAUUGUUUGCAAGUGUCACAAGGAUGAAACUGUAACAAUAGAAACAGUCUUUCCUUUUGAUGUUGCCAUUAAAUUUGUUUCUACAAAGUUCGAGCACCUGGAAAGGGUUUAUGCUGACAUCCCCUUCCUGUUGAUGACAGACCUGUUAAGUGCCUCACCUUGGGCCCUCACUAUUGUGUCCAGUGAACUACAGCUUGCUCCCUCCAUGACCGCAGUGGAUCAGCUAGAGUCCCAAGUAGACAAAGUUGUCUUACAGACGGGAGAGAGUGCCAGUGAAUGCUUUUGUCUUCGAUGCCCAUCUGUUGGAAAUGUUGAAGGUGGAGUAGCAACUGGGCAUUAUAUUAUCUCCUGGAAGAGGGCUUCAGCCAUGGAAAACAUCCCCGUCAUCAGCACUGUCAUCACUCUGCCACAUGUGAUUGUGGAAAAUAUCCCUCUUCAUGUGAAUGCAGAUCUGCCAUCAUUUGGGCGUGUCAGAGAAUCAUUACCUGUCAAGUAUCACCUACAGAAUAAGACUAACUUAGUCCAAGAUGUGGAAAUUUCUGUGGAGCCCAGUGACGCCUUCAUGUUCUCAGGUCUCAAACAGAUUCGAUUGCGUAUCCUACCUGGCACUGAACAGGAAAUGUUAUAUAAUUUCUAUCCACUAAUGGCUGGAUACCAGCAGCUGCCGUCUCUCAACAUCCACUUGCUCAGAUUUCCCAACUUCACAAAUCAGCUGCUCAGGCGUCUUAUACCUACCAGUAUUUUUGUAAAGCCACAGGGCCGACUCAUGGAUGAUACCUCUAUUGCUGCUGCGUGAUGUUCAAGGCCAGCCCUUGGCUGUUCUUACAGAGAAGUUGGGAAGAGCCAUGUAGGUGUUUCAUUGUGAACUGUAGCUUGGAUCAUGGUAAAAAGUUAAUCUUUUCUAUUUUUUAAUGUAUAUUAUACCAACUUCAGAGGAACUCAUACUUAAAAUAUUAGGAAAAUCUAUACUCUCUUAUAGUUUCUCUAAUAAAUAUUUGAAAUCUGUCAUUGUGACAUAAAAGGUAUCAGACCAUUGUUAUUAUUCGAUGGAAGUCAUUUUAUAAAUAGUAAAUUCUAUUAAAAGUGAUUUAUGUGUACAAUAUCAGAGGAAAAUUAAGGAUCUCAAAUAUGACCGGACAAAGAGAGGAAAAUACACCAAUAUCUGUGCCAGUAAAGUUGUGAAUUCCCUGAAUCUCUUUCAUAGUUGGCUGAACUGGAGAUAAAUCCAUCCUCAUAAAUUCAGUGUGUGCUCAGAGUAUACACACAACGUGAGCAGUUGUAUUACUGAUAUGGAAAACUUCCAGAAAGUUUUAAUCAAAGCAGUUUAAUUAAGGUGUCAAAAAUAUCUUUGCCUACUAUCAAAAGUGUCAGAAAGGUUCAGCUUGCAGCUAAAAUGUGGAUCAUUUAUGACCAACUUCAUAUUUUUGGAGGUGUUAAUAAGAUCUUCAUCUGAAAGGAUCUGAGCUGCCAGGUUCUGAUUAUAAGCAUGAUUUCCUAAACUAAAAGUUUUCAGAAAAGAUGCAAGGUCUGAAAAAGAGCUUUUGGUUAUGUUGUGCAGUUUUAAAAGGACUAUUUAAAACUCUUGAAAAUCCAUGUAAAUAAAAAUCAUAGGAUGAAAAUUUUCUUUGUUAAAAUAUCGUAAUAAUUUAAAACUACCUGAUUUCCUGGAAAAUUUUAUUAUUUAAAAAGUGGAGGCAUUGUAAAAAGAAAAUAGUGAUGUAAAUAAACAUGUUCUCUUUCAAA